UUUUCAAAACCAUUUUCACAUUUUGAAGAGCCAAAAACAAUCGAAAGCGUUUUUCAAAGUGAGCCAGAGGUUCUUCCCUGUUUUGAAAUGAACUACAAAUUCUUAGAGAGGCAUAAAGAAACUCUUUCGCUCGCGAAAACGAGAAAGCGAGAAAAUCCUGUGAACGCGGCCCAUAAAAUGGCAAGCCAAAGUUCAACCAAACAAGACGAAGAAGUAAGAACGGAAAAAGGGACAGGGUCGAUUGUCAUACGUACAGAAGAAGAAAUAAACACCUUUAAUUGCGAUGUUAAACUUUCAGAGCUUUCGCUUGCACACUUCAUCUCUUUCAGUUUUGCUACCAAAGAGGUGAAAGAUGUAAAUUAUUUUCCUUCUCCAGAAAAUUAUUUAGAAAUUUGAAAAAAGAUGUUAAGAUAAACGGCUUGUAAAUUCAGUGAAAUACUGCUCUUAAGAUAAGUGUGAACCUUGUGUAAAAAGUUUGAGACCAAAUAUAAAAACAAGUGAAGCACAAGGUUCAAGUAAAGUUGUCGAAGAUUCAAAUGUGUCCGACUGACCUUGCUUCCUUUCGAUAACGCAGACAGAUCUGACAGUUGACUUUGAAAUGAAAUGGCUUUCUGGAGUGCGCGCUCAGGAUAAAGUUAAAAAUGAUUUUCUCUUAAUAAAUGUUAUUGGCAAACGGUUUUUGUAAGUCCUCCGAGCAGGGCGAUUCUCCUUAUCUAAAUAUUUAUUGUCUUUAAAUUCCCAACACCUGAAUACACAAUUUUUAAAAGGACACUAAUUUUACUUUUGACAAUUUUAUCGUUGAAAUGAAGAAAUGCUCCACCAGCUGCACACAUAUUGCAUGUAUUCAGAUGAUCAGAUGACAACUGAGUUAUGGCACAAAUUCAUCUGCAGCGCCAACGCACCGGAUAAUGUUUCACAAAUUGGUUGAUAAAAGCACUUUCCCAGAAACGGGCACUAAGAACAUGCUAUUUGCAUAUGCUAUAGUUAGAACAUGCUAUUUUAUAUGCCAUAGUUGUAUUUGAAAACUGUAUCGAUAUCGAUAUCGAUAUCGGCUAUUUUAUAUGCCAUAGUUGUAUUUGAAAACUGUAUCGAUAUCGAUACCGAUAUCGGCUUUCGCGGUUUUCAAGUGCAACUUAACGCGGAAUUCCCUCGUCAGGUAAUGAAUUUUCCUAUAGAAUACUACUCAGCAGAUGUUGUAUGACGAAACUGAAAGUUGUGAUGGAAAGUUCCUGAUGAGCCUAAAGUUGGACAAGUUCAAAUAGCAUGUUCUUAUGUUCAGCUUUUUUAGUUCGUAUAUUCUCUUAUUGUGAAUUAAUUGUACAUCGAAUCGCAGAAUCGUUUUUGCGAUCCAAUUUGUUUUGUAUUUAAUUAUUAUUUCAAUGAUGGGAAAGGCGGCGCCAUAGAUACGCCCUUUCUUCUUCAAAUUUUUCUGUUUAAGCUAUUGUUAUGUAACAACCUUUUAAGAUAAUUUUCUCGGUUGUUCUCAUAGAAAGUCAUAUUCUGAUUUCGCUAGACUCUUCUUUACAGUUUUUAUAUUACUAACAUUGUGUUCGUUAUUCUGGAACUGAGGUGUGACAGUAAAAAAAUUAAGGAGGAAAGUCGUUUCUGUAAAUGAUAAAUAAGUCGAAGGAAGUUACUUAGUAUGCAUGAAAAGUUACACGCAACCCAACACGAUUGGCUGUCGUAGGUUGAUGGACAUUUACAAAAAAUUCUCUGACACUUGGAAUGAUUGCUGUCAUCUAUAAAGACUGUUGUCUGGUCUUGAGAAAUUGAUUGUAACGCAGCUUAUCCUCUUAAAAGUUGUUAUUGAUAAAGUGAAGUAUGAAAAACGGAGUGUUAAGAAGAGUUAUUCCCUUAACACUUCACUUAUACUUAGCAUGUUUUGCGACUCACUUUCUAGGGGCAGUUAGGAGACGCUUGGUUCAAUAGCUCAGAUUUAGAGAUAUUGUCACAGUGCCCGAACAUGUCUGUGGAAAAGGAAAGUUUGUCGACAAUUUCCUAG